GGCCGCUGUGGUCUGCCGUAGAUUACUGACGUCAGGGGUCAAAGUUUAUCCCUCGCAAAACAGAAACACAGGAGGGAGAAUCUAAAUGUGACAAGAACGAAAAUGUCUGCUAAAAAAGUAUCAGGUAGCAAGGCAGUGAAAGCCAGACACGCCGAAGAGGAAGCGAGGAGGAGAGAAGUGUUGAAGGAAGCUCUGAGAGACAAGCUGGACCUGGAGAAGAGGGGCUCUGCAGGUGUGGAGCGGCUGUUGGAAGACAGUGUGCCUGAAGACUUCCUCAUAGACUGUGCUAAGUUCAUCACCCCCGCCAACUUCAAAGACGUCAAUGAGGAGAGAUUCAUUGCUAAAAUGUGUGGAUAUCCUAUAUGUGAGAAUAAACUGGGCAAGGUUCCAACUCAACUGUUUAAAAUCUCAACCAGGAAUAACAAAGUCUACGACAUCACUGAACGCAAGUACUUUUGCAAAUUCUGCUACAAAGCCGCAAAGGAGUUUGAGCUAAAGAUCUCGACCACCCCUCUGUGGCUCCGGCACCAUGAGAGCCCUCGACAAAUCACACUGCUGAGGAAGGGAGAUGGCGGCAGCACCGGUGCGGAGGUGAAGAUAGCUGUGAGGCGUCUGCAGGAGGAGGACAUCGAGGGGCCCGCCGUGGUCAGCGCGUCCUCGGACCCCCAGCGCCCCAGGGGUCUCCACGCCCCCGGCUCCCUCCACAGCGACGACAGUGACGACGAGCAGGGCUUUGUUUCCAGUAUCGUCACCGGCGAGCGCCCCGGUCCCAGGGUGCACUGGGGCGAGCUGCCCACGCGCACGGACCCCCGGGCCACACACAGAGGCAGGGGAAGGAGGAGGAGGAGGGGGAGGAGGGGGAGGAGGGGGAGGAGGGGUCGGCAUCGAGAAGACAGAGGACGGAGCGGGCCUCGGAGGGCCAUUGAACCUCGAUCAGCGCACGCGCCCCUGCCCAGCGGACAGCAGACACCAGGGGCGUCGGGGGAGGAGAGCUCUGCACCAGCACAGUCUGUGGAGGUGGAGGAGGCAGUGGCUCUACUCAAGUCCUGUAGCAUUGCUCAGCAGGUCGAGGACACCGCUCCAGUACACACCGGCACCGGCCCGCUGCAGGGUGCGCCCGGGGACGGGACAGAGAGCAAACCUCUGACAGAGUCUUCCCAGACUCUGGACCCCCACCCGGCUCGGGACGUGUCUCCGCCGGCCCGGCCUUGCCCGACACCGGGCCUGGACGUCACCCAGGUGGGCAUGAGCAAGAGGGGCGCGGCCGGCCUACGGGAGCUCCUCCUCCUCCACCACGGCCCCGCCCAGCCCAACUCUCUCCGGGAGAACCUCCUGGAGAGCCUGAGGAGAACUCUGAACGAGUGGCGCACCGACGGGACGCGUGUGUUCCUGUACGGCCCGGACCCCGCCCCCGUCGCGGGCUCAGAGGAGGAGAGAGACGAAGGGCUGGGGGAGGAGGAGCUGGAUGAGGAUGACCUUGAGGAGGAUGUGGUGGUGGUGGUGCGGGGGACGGAGGACGGAGGGCGAGGGCUGCGGGCCAGGCCCAGCGCCCCGGCCCCAGACUACGACACGCUGCAGCAGGAGACCCGGGAGCAGGAGCUCCGCGUGCAGGAGUUCUACCAGGGGAGCUGCGUCCUGCCUGGGGACGCGGAGCGGCCCGCCGGACACCCCCAGGCUCCAGACCAGGGCCGGGACACCAAGGACCCCAUCCUGCCCCUGGUGGACUCCCAGGCCCAGACCCUCAUCCAGAAACGCAUCACUGUGGACCAGCUCACCAGGAGCCUGAGGAACAUCGUGGGCCCUCUGGGUCUGACCAUGACCGACGUGUCCACACACCUCAACGACCUGGUCCGCACCUUCAGUUUCACCAACACCAACAUCAUCCACAGACCCCCGGAGUGGACCCUGAUAGCUGUGGUCCUACUCCACCUGUUGGCGGAGGUGUCGGCCGCGGUGCAAGGGGCCCUGGCGGCCCCAGGGUCCGUGCAGCACGUCAACAAGCUGCUGCGGGAGCUGAGUCUGCAGCGGCCAGAUCUGCUGACCUUACUCCAACUCUUCAGGACCCUAGCGCACUGACACACACACCUGCACACCUUUUGGUUUGCAACGACGGGGACAACGAGAAAUUGACAAUAAUAUGAAAUAAAAAAAUGAGUAGGCAACAUGUUGGUCCUCUGAUGUGAUCUAAUAAAUGUCAGGUCGUUCCUUA